AUGUCUAGCUCAGGGCUUAUCGAACAGCACCAAUUGGAGCUAGACAAUUUGACACUGACCACACGCCCCAUCAAAACACUAAAAUUCUUCUCAUUAGCAAUUGUUCAAUUCUUGAAGAAAACAGCAAGAUAUCUGUUGGCCAAAGGUGGAUGGCUUUUGCUUCUCAGUUUUGUGGUAGGAGCCUUUAGCAUAAUGCUGAUUUCCAUUGAUGGUCCUCAUGAAAAGCAUCUUGAGGAGCUACUUAAAUAUUUUCGCUUUGGAGUAUGGUGGAUAACCCUUGGGAUUGCAUCUUCAAUCGGUCUUGGGUCUGGUUUGCAUACUUUUGUUCUAUACUUGGGUCCCCAUAUUGCAUUCUUCACAAUCAAAGCCAUGCAGUGCGGCCGAGUUGACUUGAAAAGUGCUCCAUAUGAUACGAUUCAGUUAGAUAGAGGUCCUUCUUGGCUUGAUAAGGAUUGCUCGGAAUUUGGGCCGUCGUUGUUUCAGUCAGAAUAUGGUUCACAGAUUCCACUCAGCAUCAUUUUGAUUCAAGUUCAGUUGGAGGCUGUUUUAUGGGGCAUGGGAACAGCUAUCGGGGAGCUUCCUCCUUACUUUAUCUCCAGGGCAGCACGUCUGUCUGGGAGCAGAAUGGAUGCAAUGGAUGAGUUGGAUACUGAAGAUGAAGGAGUCAUCACAACCUACUUAAAUCGCAUCAAGCGUUGGUUCUUAUCACACUGUCAACAUUUAAAUUUUCUUACCAUUUUGGCACUUGCUUCGGUUCCAAAUCCUCUGUUUGACCUCGCUGGUAUCAUGUGUGGACAAUUUGGCAUUCCUUUUUGGAAAUUCUUUCUCGCAACUUUCAUUGGAAAGGCUCUUAUUAAAACUCACAUACAGACAAUAUUUAUCAUCUCAGUUUGCAAUAAUCAGCUUCUUAACUGGAUAGAAAACGAACUUAUCUGGGUUCUCGGUCAUAUACCCGGUUUUGCUUCUAUUUUACCUAAAGUGAUUGCUAAUCUCCAUGCCGUUAAAGAUAAGUAUCUGAAAGCACCUCAUUCAGUUUCCCCGGCUGUCAAGGGAACAAGAUGGGAUUUCUCGAUUACUUCGAUCUGGAACACAGUGGUGUGGCUUAUGCUUAUGAAUUUCUUUGUGAAGAUAGUGAAUUCAACUGCUCAGAGUUAUUUGAAGAAACAGCAGGAGAUAGAACUAGCUGCAUCAAACAUUUCUUCAUCAACAGAUUAG